UUUUAUCGCGGUAAAAUUAAGCUUCAUUUCGUUCGUUAUUACUUACGGCUGCGUACAGCAUGACGGUGGAAGAAUGAACGGUGAGUAUCGUCUAUGAUCUAUCUAUGCUUCCAAUGGCGGCGUUAUCUUUGCCACCAGUAGGAGUCUACUGCAGCGGCGGCGGCGCCACACCCAACAGCAGUAUUAGUAACAACAAUUUACUCGGCAACCACGCGCUCGAUGCCGCCCACAUCCAGCGCGCCGCCGAGCUGGCCGACGGAUCCGCCGGAUUCACCUCUCCCCACCCAAACUUUGGGUGCGUCAUUGCCUCCAAAUCCGGGAAAGUCGCCGGCGAGGGAUUCCUCUACGCCCAGGGCACCAAGCCCGCCGAGGUCCUUGCCGUCGACGCAGCUGGCGACUUCUCACGCCGCGCCACUGCUUAUCUCAAUAUGGAGCCCGGUGAUUGCCACGGUGACCACUCUGCCGUCUCCGCCCUCGUUCAGGCAGGGAUUGAAAGGGUGGUGAUUGGGCUGAGGCAUCCAUUGCAGCAUUUGAGAGGGAAUGCCAUUCGGGCUUUGAGAAGUCAAGGCUUGCAAGUUGAUGUUCUUGGUGAGGACCUCAACAGUAAACUCAUUGAGGAAGCACGAAAAUCAUGCCUCCUUGUCAAUGCUCCGUUAAUUUGUAGAGCUGCUUCUCGAGUCCCCUUCUCCGUUCUCAAGUAUGCCAUGACCCUUGAUGGAAAAAUUACUGCUAGCAGCGGACAUGCAGCAUGGAUCAGCAGCAAAACGUCUAGAAAUCGAGUGUUUGAACUGCGGGGUAGAAGUGAUGCAGUCAUUGUAGGAGGAAAUACAGUGCGCAAGGACAAUCCAAGACUAACUGCAAGACAUGGUGGUGGACAUAUGCCUAUGCGGAUUGUAAUGUCACAGACUCUUGAUCUCCCAGAGGAAGCACACCUUUGGGAUACCUCUGAUGUAUCUACUAUAGUUGCAACACAAAGGGGUGCAAGAAGGCAUUUCCAGAAACAUCUUGCAUCAAAAGGAAUUGAAGUGGUGGAGUUUGACAUCCUAAACCCCAAAGAAGUAAUGGAAUACUUCCAUGAUCGUGGAUAUCUUUCACUUUUGUGGGAGUGUGGGGGGACAUUAGCUGCAGCUGCUAUUUCAUCCGGAGUAAUACAUAAGGUGUUCGCAUUUGUUGCUCCUAAAAUUAUUGGUGGAAAGAAUGCGCCGUCCCCUGUGGGUGAACUCGGGAUGGUUGAAAUGACACAAGCCUUUGACCUAGUUGAUGUCUGCUAUGAGCAGAUUGGACCUGAUAUGCUUAUUAGUGGAUUUCUUCAACCCAUACCAGAUGUGACCCCUGUUAUUCCAUCAGUUGAUGAAACAUUUGAAAUUGAUCCAACUGUGACUCCAUAUGAAUCAAGGAUUAUACUCUUUUACAAAACAUGGGACCCUUACGGCGCUUUCUCAAAUUUUUCGCCUCACCAAAUUAAGAUGCCCAAUGACAGUGGUGAUUAUGCAACUUGGUUGAGUGUCGAGCAUUACUAUCAGGCUCAAAAGUUUGUUGGGGUGGAUGAUCCUGUGGCACAAGAUUGUGUUGAAAAUAUCAAGUCUGCCAGAAGUCCGGAAGAGGCAGCACGGAUAGGAAGGUCAAUGCAGAGGAAGCGUCCUGAUUUGGUAAGAUGUGAGUGGGAAAGUGUAAAGAUUGAAGUGAUGUAUAGGGCACUAAAAUGCAAGUUCUCGAUAUACCCACAUUUGAAUGCAAUGUUGCUGUCGAGUGCUGGAUGUGUUCUUGUUGAAGCAUCACCGCAUGAUCUGUUCUGGGGAGGAGGUCGGGAUGGAGAAGGGCUAAAUUAUCUGGGCAGGCUUUUAAUGCGGUUGAGAUCAGAGUUUCUUGUAAGGUUGCAAUUAACAGAUGAUAUAGAUAUUGUGUGUGCGUGUACUGAUUCUCUCUAGUUGAUGAAGGUUCUAUCAUCAUCACCCUUCCUAAUUCCUUCUCCAUUUGGUUUUUCAAUGUCUCAAAAUGUAAUUUCACCAUUUAAAGUUAUAAAUGAUAAUAUAUAUGAAUAAACUAGAAGAAUUAAAUGAACAGAAAAUAAAGAGAGGCGAAGAUAUUUGCAGAGACAUGGAUUGAUAAAGACGGAUUUGUUUUUAUUUUAUUUAUUAUUUUUGUUUAGGAUUUAGAUGUCAUUUUAAUGCAGGGAAAAUUUGUCACUAAAAUUUUCAUCAAAGAGUGGGUGGAGAAAUAAGAUUUGUGGGUGGGUUUAACAUCAUUAUUUCUGUUUUGAAGAAUACUUAUCUUUUUAUGCACUUUCUUUUUUCUUGGUUCAACCUUCAUUUUUUUAACAUAUACCUUCCUUUAAAUUCUUCUGUAUCUAUUGUUCAGUAGACGAUUAUAUGUUACAAAACUGACUUUCAUACUAAGUUUUAUACUCAUAAAUGUACUAUACAGAAGAAGAAGAAGAAAAAAUUUACAUACCAAAAGAAGAGUCUUGUAGUGAGAGGGUCCCACUUUAAUUGUCGCAUAAGCUCCUGAAAUUUCAGAACCGUUCCUUAGUCUAUUUAGUUAUAUAUGAUUAACAAAUGGUAUACAUUAUUGGUAUACGCAAUCAUAUAAGACUGCUUAAUUAUCUCUUGUAACGCAAGUAACAUAUGAAUUAUUACAAUCACAUGGGUAGGCAGCUAGGAGCUACCUAAUGAAUUCCAAUGUCAAAUGAAAAAGACAUGGUUCUGGAAUCAAUUAGUAUAUUCAUCCAAGGAAACUGUGAUUAUUAAUUAAUCAAUUAUCACAGAAUGAUGUCACUACUACUUCAUUCACUCAACACUGUUCAACUUACUGGAGUAGGGUAAGGAAGGUGAUAAUGCAAUCGACUCAUGUGGUUUGAUGCAGAUGCUCAAGAACGAGAAGGAGCCAGAUAUUACGAUUGGGAGUAUUAUAUAUGCAAUAUAAAUGGAGCCCCUCGAGUUCUCCUAAGUGCCUCGAUGUUGAAACAGAGAGGCUUAUUCAGUGGGUUUGUUCGCGCGCCGGGAUGGAGUUUACUUUUUCUUGAAUUUUUAUUUGAUAUUCUUUUUGAGAUUGUAAACAUAUUUAUUCGUCUUUGAUGUAAUAAAAUUUUAUCGUCUGAUUAAAAAAA